AUGUCACAUACAUUUAAUCUUACACAAUUCUCGUCUUGCAUUUUGGUGCUCGUAGCAUUACUCUUUUCUCGAGCAAAUUCGUCCUCGUUCGAGUUUCUAAAAGAUUUACAAGGCUCUCAGAAAGGCGAUGUCGUCGAAGGAGUCAGCCAGCUCAAACAAUAUCUCAAAAAAUUCGGUUACAUCGACACCGAUAACGCUCAAAACCCUCAGCCCGAGAGAGAAGAGAAUGAUCACUUCGACGACACUCUCGAGUCCGCCAUUAAAUUGUACCAGCAAAAUUACCAUAUCAAGUCCACCGGGAUCCUGGAUGCCAAAACCGUUCACAACAUGAUGUUGCCUCGCUGUGGCGUGCCUGAUAUCAUCAAUGGCCGCAGCAGAAUGCACGCCGCAAAGAACAGAGUGCACCAUGUCAAGUCCUUGCACACGGUUAUGCAUUAUCAAUUCUUCGAUGGCUCGCCAAAAUGGCCUAUUGACAAGAGCAACCUGACCUACAAUUUCGCCCCUGGAACUCCUGCUGACGCUGUAACCACAAUCGCAGGAGCUUUCGACAAAUGGGCAGGGGUCACGCAAUUCACAUUCAUCAAUGUCCAGGAUGUGGUGCCUUAUGUGGAAGUUCCUGACAUAAUGAUCGGGUUUUAUAGCCGUGAUCACGGGGAUGGCUCUCCUUUCGACGGGCCUUAUGGAGUCCUGGCUCAUGCUUCCCCGCCAACUGCUGGCACGUUUCACCUCGACGAAGACGAGCCAUGGUCUAUGGGUCCGAACCCGGGGCAUAUCGACCUGGAAACGGUGGCAUUACAUGAGAUUGGCCACCUUCUGGGGCUGCAACAUAGCUCGGUCCAAGACGCGGUUAUGUACCCUUCAGUGACAGAUGGAGUGACUAAAGAUUUGUGCGGUGAUGAUGUUCAAGGAAUUUAUGAACUAUAUGCUAAUGUUUGA